UUCAUGCUCUGAAAAUCAGACAGGACAAUUCCUGCAACUGUGUCAUAAAAGUCUGUUCUCUACAAUCAGAUGCAUUAAAUUCAUAUAGAGCAGAUCAGUGCUGGGGGAUCUAUCUGUAAGCAACUUGAAGAGAACCUGCUGAAUCACUGAAAGAACCUAAUAAGUAUCACAUCAUGUGGGUGACAAACCUGGUAGCCCUGGUCCUCCUGGCCUCUUCAGCCUCAGCUGCCACCUCUGCAUCAGCAGACAAGGUCCUCAGUAACCAUGCAACCAUCCUGGCUGACACCAGCGCCAACUUGGCUUUCAGUCUCUACCAAAACAUGGCAAAGGAGAAAAACAUAGAAAACAUCCUCAUUUCCCCAGUAGUAGUGGCCUCCUCUCUUGGUCUGGUGGCUCUUGGGGGAAAGGCCUCCACUGCCUCUCAGGUAAAAACCAUUCUGAACGCAGCUAAAGUCAAAGAUGAGCAGCUGCACUCUGGUCUGGCGGAGCUCCUGACUGAAGUGAGCGACCCAAAGACCCGAAACGUCACCUGGAAGAUUAGCAACCGUCUGUAUGGACCCAACUCUGUCAACUUUGUGGAUGAUUUUGUCAAGAGCAGCAAAAAACACUAUAACUGUGACCAGUCAAAGAUUAACUUCAAAGAUAAGAAGAGUGCUGUGAACUCCAUCAAUGAGUGGGCAGCCAAGUCUACUGAUGGGAAACUGCCCGAGGUCACCAAGGAUGUAGAGAAGACUGAUGGGGCGAUGAUCAUCAAUGCUAUGUUUUUCAAACCUCACUGGGAUGAGCAGUUCCAUCAUCAGAUGGUGGACAACCGUGGGUUCCUUGUAUCUCGCAGUCAUACAGUUGCAGUACAGAUGAUGCACCGCACAGGUCUCUAUGGUUUCUAUGAGGAUAGCAACAAUAAGCUGUACAUCCUGAGUAUGCCUCUGGCUCAUAAGAAGUCCAGUGUGGUGUUCAUCAUGCCCUACCAUGUGGAACCUCUGGAGAGACUGGAGAAGAUGCUGACCAAGAAGCAGCUGGAUACGUGGAUGGGCAAGCUGCAGCAGACUGCAGUGGCUGUGUCUCUGCCCAAAGUCAGCAUGGAAGUCAGUCACAACCUGCAGAAACACCUCGGGGAACUGGGCCUGACAGAAGCUGUGGACAAAUCCAAAGCUGACUUCUCCAACAUUUCCGGGAAAAAGGAUCUCUACCUGUCCAGUGUGUUCCAUGCUUCUGCCAUGGAAUGGGACACUGACGGAAAUGCAAUUGACACCAGCGUCUUUGGUACAGACAAGCUGAAAAACCCCAAACUGUUCUACGCUGAUCACCCUUUCAUCUUCCUCGUGAAGGACCAGAAGACAAACUCUAUCCUGUUUAUUGGCAGGAUGGUCAGGCCAAAGGGUGAAAAGAUGAGAGAUGAGUUGUGACCUGAGUGUCUAAGUGAAACAUCUGUAGAUUUUUUUUUACUGCAAUACGCUGAGAGAAGCAGCAAAUGAAAUAUGUUUGAUGUCGCACAAGUGCAUUCCUAUGUCCAGUGCCAACAGCAUUCCACUAUACAUAGCAAAAGCAUUGUGCACACCCCUCAUUUUUACCUUGGAGAAUAUUUCUUAUCACUACGUGGCUUUUUUGUUAUGCAUUGGCAGAUCAUUUUAUGGACUGAAGAUUUAUUUUAUGUAAUAUGUAAUAUGAUUUCCCUGAUUAAUGCUUGAAAUGUAAAUGGAGGAGGAGAAUCCCUGUGAAACUUUAUUAUCAGUAUGUGUCAACACAAAAACUUCAACUAUUGUGAUCCAGUCUUGAAAAGUCUUGGUAAAAACAAUCUUAUUUUGAGGAGAUUUUAUGGUGCUUGCUGUUUAACAAACUAUUUUUUUCUUUUUUUUUCAAGCACUGCUGCUUUUAAUUUUAAUUCCAUUGGUCCUCACAAAUAUUUUGCCCAUUCUUUGCACCGCUUUCCACCACAAGCAUAUUUUUCUUUAACCAAGAGGCUACAUUGCUGUUUUUUUCUUGUUAUUGAUCUACACUGAAUGCACUGAUCUACACUGGCAAACAAUCCAAAUGAUGGCAGAGUUGAUAAGUACUCUCUCUGCAGAAGUAUGUGCACACAUGGUUUUUGGCUGUUACAAAUUUCCUGUUUUUGCAAUAAAAAUGUGUCAUCUUGAU